CUGGACCAAGGACAGUUGGGGCUCUAUGAUGUCAAUGGUGACUUAAGAUCCCCUGUUGAAGACAGGGGCCUGAAGGUCCAGUCCUGUUAUAUAGGUGGUUGAGAAGACACAUCUAGUUUUCUCUUCAUCCAAGGACACUUUUGCAACAGAGUCCUAUUUUUUUGGACAACUGUUUUUGUUUUCUCACUUGUUUCAUCUCUAUUGACUAUUUCUUAGCACUUUAUUCUUCUCUUCAGAGGAGAUUUUUAGCUUCCCAGGUCACUGGAAGUGGAGUAUUAUUUCCUGCUUUAAUUGACGUUCCUACUGAAAAAACCUACUUGAAUGAAGAGAAAACAGUGAAUGUUUCCAAUAAAUGCAAAUCUGGUACAGUUCCCUCCAAAAAGCCAUCAAGAAAAGUCAUUGUUAUUAGCAUGCCCCCCUCUCCGGGUUGCACCAUCAUGUGAUGGAGACCAAUGGCAUAAAUUUGAUCAUAUGUCCUACACCAAACAUCAACAGUUUAGAACCAAGUUGUCACACUUCUUGAUCAAAGGGUCAUGCCUGUGCAACCAUCAAACGCUGGCAACAGGACAGGGCCUGCACAAUUACCACAUCUUGACAACCAAAGAACGGCAAAAUUCUCCCUGGAUAAUAAAUGGCAUGGCAGGGCCACAGUUUUGCCCUUACUUUGUCCUGAGUACAAAUCCAGGACAGCUGCUGAUUGGGCACAACCAGAGCAAUUCAAAGCAACUUCGUUCAGUUCCACCAACUUGUUUGAAGCUCCACUGGACUCCGCCGAACGAGUGGAGGCACCUUCGGGUCCUGAACACCUUCCUAAGAUUCUGCAGGCCUGUGACUAUCAGAAUGAGGAGUUACUACACUUCAACCAGCAGUCUACAGCAAUACCACGUCCUGACCGCCUAGCUGAGGUUCUACCUUGCUCUUACUCCCAGACAAAGGCCAUUGCUACACCAUUAACAUGCCCUAGUUAUCAAACAGAGGCUUUGACAAAUUCCAGACACUGGGCCAGGACUAAAGCUCUCAUGUCAGAAAAUCUCAACCAACACAGAGCCAAGGUGACACCAUUACCAUGUCUUGAUCACCGGUCCAGGGCCACAGCUGUAACAGCUUCAGACCUGAACCCCUGGAUCAAGACUUCAGCUCGAAAAGCUUCUGAUCACCCCUCCAAGUUAACAGCUUCAUUACAAGGCCCUGAUUGCAACACUAGGGCCAUGGCUACCUCUUCAUCACAAUGCAGUCACUGUUCCAAGGACAUAAACUCAGGUUCACCAUGCUCCAAACCCUAUGUUGUAUCCACACCUUCACUAGUCAUAAUGGGAAAAGCUAUAACUGUGGGGUCAUCAGACACAAAGAUCCAAAGUAAGCCAAAACCUUCAACAUCAGAAUCUUUAUAUAACAGGCAUAAGACUACUUCUAUGUCCCUCUGUGUCUCCUACCAUCAAGCUAGGACACCGCCAGGCCCUGAUUAUAAAUCUAAGGGGUUUUCUAUAUCACUACCACUCUCUAACCCCCAAGUCAUGUCUUCACCAUGCUCUGAAAACUGUGCUAAGGUUUCAUCCAACCUAAAGAGUCAGUUUAUUAAUUCAUCAGGGAUUUCCCAUUGGGUGGAGGCCCUACCACAGAGUAAUUGCUGGGCCAUACCUCGAAUAGUCUCCAGCAGUCAUUGUGAAGAUCCUUCAGGCCCAUGUGAAGAUGGGGAAGCCACUCUGGAUUAUAUUUGCCAGGCAACAUCUAAACAAGGCUUUGACAGAGUUUCCACAACUCCAUCAGGCCUAGACCACCAUGCUGAACUUCAAGUGCAUCAGACCCAGCAGGAUACAACUGGACGGUCUCUAAACAAUUGUAAUAAUGCUCUGCUAGGCUUUACUUCAUCGGACACGGAUCACUGGGCUGAAAUUCAAUUAACCUCUGAUGUCUGGGAUACACCCCUCCAAAGUCCUAAUCGAUAAGCCAAGGUUGUGUCAAAUACCAAAGCAAAGGGAGUUCCUCCGAUGUAUCUGGAUCAGCUGGCUAUACAUUCAGCAGGCUUGGAUCACCAGAAAACACCACCAGCCAUAGGCUAUCAAACUCCACCUCCACUUGAUAACAACCCCAAGGAACCACUUCCACCUAGCCCUCACCAUCCAGUUACAACUUCUUCUGGCUCUCAGCACCAUUCCAAGGAUGCACAAUAUGCUAAAGUCCAGUGCUCGAGUAAGUCAUUACUUGACCAUUGGAAAAAGAUAUUUGCACAACUCACAUAGAGGGUCACAUCUCCUUCAGACCAGCACAGACAAGCUCAAUCAAACACAACUCAUCCUAGGCUUAGCCACCAUGCUUUGUUUUCACAAAGCCUUGACCAAAAGGUUAAGACUACAAAAGAUUCCAUCCACACUCAAGGCAUGAAUAUCACAGCUCUAAAAUACCAGUCAGAAUUUAUACAAGAUACCAAGGAAUGGCUGACAUCUCUACCAGAUCUUCCAACAACCCACUCUGGUCAAGUUUCACUGAGCACCAUGAGGAGGUUCAAUGUGGGCUCCAAUACCAGAUCCCAAAUGUGACGAAUACCAAAGCCACAUGGUCUUUAAAAUGCACCAAACCAUACACCAUUGAAGGUGGACCUGUCCCUACCAACAUUAUUAAUGAUAUCAUCAGUUCCAUCCCUGAGGAAAAGAUAAAAAAUGACAUCUGUAAGCAGAUUCUCCUGAGGCAAAUAAGGGGGGCCAUGCAUCAAUCUCCUCAACAUCUAUCUUGCAGUUAGAAAGUCUGUUUAGUUUGUGCCUCUUGGAUCGCAAAUGGCUGUUUCCGUGGUCAUGGAACAAAAUAUUCUUGUCAGGCAAAACUUCUGGUCACACCAAUGCCUAUGCUUGGUUCUGCAGAGGAGAUGGAGUGAAAUUUGUCCUUCAAAUUCCCCAGUCAAAGGCAUGCUCCACUUCUGAUCUUGACCAACUUGACAGCCCUUCACACCCAUCACCUACCCUUCCACCAUCUCAAUCAGAAGCCAUACCCACUGAAUCACUUGUUUUCCAACAGCUGCCUCCAAGGAUCCUUUCUUCUAGCUUUAUGUUUGACACUGAUUACAAGCAAUGGGAAAUAAAAGCUUCUAGUAGUUCACAGGUAUUUAGAAGAAAACCACACAUAAAGAACCAUACCACCAGUGAAGAGCCAAGGAGACAUGAGAGAAAUGUAAAAUCUCUCCUAGAAAGAUUGCAAAGAGGUAAAAACUAAAUGAAUAGUUCAAUUUUUUAAGUGUGUGUCUCCACAAUUAUUUUUACUCAGACAUGGAAACAUUUCGAGUUUUACAAGAAUGCCAAUUAGAUACCUUCACAAAAGUAGGCAGUGAAGAAAGUUUCCAUGCCCGUGUCCAUUUCUCUCUCACUCCCUAGCUUCACUCAGUUUCUCAUAACAUCUUAAUUUGUAGCAUUAGGUGAAUAAAUUAUUUCC